CGUGAAAUACGCCAACUUUGCCUUCUAGGAAAACUUUGCCCAAAACAACGUUUUUAAAGAAUAUUACUAUUUAAAAAAAAAGUAACAAAAUAUCGGCAACAUUUAUCAUAUUUGUAGAAAAUAGACUUUAGAUGUGGCAACACAGAAUAGUGUGUGCGCUCCUAUCUUCACUCAGUCACCUGUCAGCAUUUGUACAGAACGGAGUGUAUUUUUGUGGGCCAAUUAUAGCAAAAGUUUGAGAGUGAAUUAUUUAUCAUGGUGAAAUCACAGAAAAACAAACAUAAGUCACGUAUACGACAAAGAAAGCCAAGACGUAAACUUGGAUCUAGAUUAUACAAAAAUUACUCUAACGAAAUGUUAAUGCUCGCUUGUGAAGCCGUUCAGUCGGGUCAAGUAUCUUCUCGAGACGCUGAAAAGCAAUUUGGUAUCCCAAGGCGAACCAUACUCAACAAACUGAAAAAUCUACAUACAAAGUCAGUUGGACAUCCAACAAAAUUGACAUCAGAGGAGGAGGUCAAAAUUGUAAAAGUUUUACAAGCGGCCAGCAAUUUCGGCUCGCCACUUACGAAACUCGAUUUAAAACUAUUGGUCCGUAAUUACUUGGAAAAGAACUCAAAGGAUCAUAUUUUCAAAAACAAGAUUCCAGGUGAUGCAUGGGUCCAGAGCUUUUUGGCAAGGCAUGCUGAUGAAUUGACUUUGAGAGCUACUCAAAAUAUUUCAAAAGCAAGAGCUGAAAAAGGAGCUCAAGAAAUAAUUGAUUACUUUAAUAAUUUAAGUGUGACACUGAAAGAUAUACCAGCUCAAAAUAUAAUAAAUUUCGACGAAACUAAUCUAUCCGAUGACCCUGGCUCUUCCGUUGGCAUUUUCCGAAGAGGGGUAAAAUAUCCGGAAAGAAUAGUAAAUUCUACCAAAGGAAACAUAUCUCUUAUGUUUACGGCCACUGCAAGCGGGCGGUGCCUUCCUUUAUAUGUUGUUUAUAAAGCAACUAAUUUGUAUUCAGAAUGGAUUAAUGGAGGACCACCAGGGACCCGAUAUAACUGUACCAAGUCAGGGUGGUUUGACAGCGUAAUGUUUGAGAAUUAUUUUGAAACUAUUAUUCUACCAUGGGCAACUGAAACUGCCGGGACAAAGGUUGUCAUAUGCGAUAAUUUAUCCAGCCACUUAAGUAUUAAGGUAGUUGAGUUAUGUGAACAGCAUGACAUCAAGUUCGUUUUUAUCCCCCCAAGAUCAACACAUCUCACCCAACCCCUUGAUGUCGCAUUUUUUGGGCCUUUGAAAAAAUGCUGGCGUAAAGUUUUAUAUCAAUACAAGCUCAAAAAUCCAACUCAAACCACACUUAACAAGAAACAUUUCCCGAAAUUGCUUUCUGAAUUAAUAGAAUCGAUUCGCAUGUCGGAAAAAUCAAACAUUAUUAGUGGCUUUAGGGCAUCGGGAAUAUAUCCACUAAAUCCACAAGAAGUCCUUAAGAAGAUCCCACAAAUGGAAAUCCAGUCGUCUUCGUAUGGAAUUGAUCAAGUUCUGGUAGAUUAUUUAAAAGAAACUAGAUCUCCAAAGCCUUUUCAAGUACAAAGGAGUAAAAAAGUUAAUUGCGAGCCGGGAAAAUCAGUGACCGCUUCCGAUUUAAAUGUUGAUUCUAGGUAUAAGAAAAUAAAAAAUAAAUCAGCUAAGAUGGCAAAUGAAAAAAAAAGAAAUGAUGAAUCUUUUUACUUGGACGAACAAACUGGUCUUUUCAUAUCAGAAUCUACUCUUUUUUCAAAUAAUGAUACCAAUUAUGAUCAAGACUACAACUUGGAAGAGGCUUUCGGUAUCCCUCUAUAUCAGCAUAAUUCUAUACCUGAAAGUUUAAGCAAACAAUGUAUCACAAUUAUUAAUUUCUACAUGAGUCAAUCAUUCCGUAUUAAAACUAAAACAUUUGCACCCACUAAUGACUUACAUUUUAAAUCUCCCAUAGGUAGUUUCACAAACACAAUGAUUGUACGAAAAGACAAUGACAGUUCCGUUCAAAAUACUGAUCCAGCCAAGAAAAAUAAAAUAAUCAUACUUUCCGAUGUCCUACUUAAACCAGGAUCAGCAUCAGCGACUAAUGUUUGUUAUUUAAAUGAAGCUUCUGGUAAGACUGAAAAUAUACCGUUUACAUCUAUGAACAAAAAUGAUUUACCAGAAUGCCUGCAAGUGAAAAAAAAGAAACAAGUGAAGAAAAUGAAGACAAUAAAUAAAGAAAAAGAGAAAAAUAUAAAGAGAGGAGUCAGAAAUAAGAUAAAAGGAAAAAUUACAGCUCAAAAAAAUAGUAGAACAAAAAAAAGGAAUAAAAGAUUUGAUAGUGAUUCCAGCUCAAUAUCUACGGGUAAUGAAGUUAUAACAGCUGACACAGAUGAUUCUGAUUACGAAACAAUAAAUGAUUAUUACAUAGCGGAAUGCUUGCGGGAACAAGAAGAAAAGGAAAAUAUUGAUGAUUCAAAUACCAUCCCUUUUGGAUUACAUGAUAUUGAAUAUUUUUCUGAAAAUCAAGAAAGAAUUAAAAAAUACGACUGGGUUAUAGUUCGAUUUGCAACAAAAAAAAGUUUAAAACACUAUGUAGGUCAGGUAUUGUCCACUAAUGGUAUAAAUCCUACAGUAAAAUUUUUAAGAAAAGUUAAAGAAUCAAAGUCCAUCUCAGGAACGACCUUUACUUACCCAAUAGUGGAUGAUAUUAGCACCAUACAACAUACUGAAGAUAUUAUAGCGGUUUUAUCCGAACCAAAGAUAACUCGACGUGGUCAAAUUGUAUUUAAUGUCGAUUUCAGUAGUUUUAACAUACAAUAGUAGUUCACUCGUUAAACCGUUAUAGUUAAGCCUUAUAUAACUUACGUAUGUUCAAUUCAGUAACUGUGAUUUGAUUAAGACUGCUACAUUUUCCAAAGAAUAAUUAUAUAACUUUAAGAAACACUCUCCUAUAU